AUGACCGAUCGAGAUUUAUUAAAGGACGAAGAGUUUAUAGAGAUUCAAAAAUUGAAUUCUGUAGAGAGUGAUACACGUCGUCACUCAAUUGUAUUCGACAAAGUAAUGAAUAGACAAGAUAAUGAAGAUGAUAAGGAUCAUGUUCAUGCUAUACAUGAAGAUCAUAAUGAUUUAAAGCGUAUCAUCAGUCACCAUACAGAGGAGGAUAACAAACUUUUACACAAUGAUGAGUUUUUAAAAAGAUAUUUGAAAAACUUACAUAUAGCUGAGAAACGUAGAUAUCGUAACGAAUCUGUCAUUUCGUUCUUUUCGGAUGUUGAUUUUGAUAAUAGACCAUCUAUUUUCGAUGGUGCAAUUAAUGAACCAUAUUUAUCAUCCUUUGAAGGACCUGUUCUUGAGAAACAAAUUAAAGCAUUUGAGAAGUCUAAGAAAGAAAUGAAAAGAGAAAGAACAUUGGAAAUUAACUCAGAUAAACAGAAUAAUGAUAUAGAUUCUAGAUCUACAAUUACUACUACAACUGAUUUAGAAACUCCAACUAUCUCAACAUCUGUUAGUUCGGCAGACUUGGUAAGAAAUUCGUCUACUUAUAACUACCAAAGGGUUCCAACAAAAUAUAUUUUAAAUUUCUCCGGUUUAUAUGUUAUGUUUUGGAUGAUUUUAGGUUUAAUUAUUGUAAAAGGUCUUAUAGAUUAUAAAACUGAGUACGGUAACUUUAGAAACUUUGAAAUUUUAAAUAUUUUCAUUACUAAGAAGUUAGAUGUUGCAAAAGUAGAUUUUUCUAUGUACGUUGCAUCAUAUGGUGUAGUGCUAAUUCAAUGGUUAGUUAAAAGGGGAGUAAUUCAUUGGAAAAAUACUGGUAUUUGGAUGGCAAUUGUUUUUGAAUUCGGUUUUAUGAUAUUUUUCUACUAUGCUGUACUGUGUCUAGUUGAUCUUCAUUGGAUUUCUAGAAUUUACUUAUUUUUGCAUUCAGUUGUAUACCUAAUGAAAAUGCAUUCUUAUUCUUUUUUCAAUGGGUACUUGUGGUGUAUAACAAGAGAGUUGGAUUAUUCUACUAAAGCUCUAGCUAAAUAUAAAGAUACCGCUAGUGAGAAGAUUCUUAGAGUAUUAGAAAGAAGUAGGGAUUUUUGUCAAUUUGAGUUAAGCACACAAACUGUCUCAAGCAAUAAUGAAAUGAAAUUCCCAGAUAAUAUUUCAAUUCCAAAUUACUUCAUGUUUACAAUGUUUCCUGCCGUUGUCUAUCAAUUCGAGUAUCCAAGAACCCAAAGAAUCAGAUGGGGCUAUGUCCUUGAAAAAGUUAGUGCUAUCUUUGGUACAAUUUUCAUUCUUAUUGUAGUGGCACAACUAUUCAUGUUACCACCAUUGGAACGUGCUUUGAAGUUCAGAGGUCAACCCUGGGAAAAUGGGACUGUUAGAACUGUCGAAUGGUUUUACUUGGUCGCAGAAAUCGAUCCUGGUCUAACAGUCAUUUAUAUGUUAUGUUUCUACUUGAUUUGGGAUGCUAUCUUAAAUUGUUUCGCAGAAUUAACUAGAUUUGCGGAUAGAUAUUUCUAUGGUGAUUGGUGGAACUGUGUUUCUUGGUCGGAAUUCGCUAGGAUUUGGAAUGUUCCAGUCCAUAAAUUUUUAGUGAGACAUGUUUACCACGCAUCUAUGAAUAAUUGGAAAUUGAAUAAAGUUCAAGCUACAUUGUUCACCUUUAUAUUAAGUUCUAUCUUUCAUGAACUUGCAAUGAUCAUCAUUUGGAAAAGAAUAAGAGGGUACUUGUUUAUUUUCCAAAUGUCCCAAUUACCAAUGGCAUAUGUUACUAGUACGAUCCUAAAGGACAAGCCUGUUUUCAACAAUGUCCUAUUCUGGUGUGGUGUUUGUUCAGGACCUGCUGUAAUUAUCGCAUUAUACACUAUGUUUUAA